CCCAGAAAGGGAGGGAGAACGAGCUAUACGUCAAACGUUAACAAAGUCCGUUGUUAAAAUAUAAAGCUUAAUUUAUUAUUUCCUUGUUUUUUUUGGAAUAUCCUUUCAGUUUUACUCUCUGGAAUUAUUUGCCUAUUUUUAAGGUCAAUGAAGAUGCCUACUGUGAAGUAUCAGAGAGGGGACAUGGUGAUGGGCCGCUGGCCUGGCAGCAGCCUGUAUUAUCAAGUGAAGGUGCUGGGCUUCGAUGCCAAAAGUCAGCUUUACACUGUCAUCUACAAGGAUGGUACUGAGCUGGAGCUCAAGGAGCAGGACAUCAAGAGUGCUGCUGGUUUCCAGAGCCGUGCUCGCUCCCGCUCCCGUUCUCGAUCACCAGGCCGCCGUCGCAGCCGGUCACGCUCUCCAGCGAGGACCACACGGCGCUCGUCCUCCCGCACAGCGGCAGCAGUGGCAGCUGCAGCAAUAACAGAGAGCGCACCGUCUUCCCGCAGGGAUUCAGACUUGAAGGAUGCGGUAGAAGUCAGGCUCAGUCCCCUGCAACAGACAAAGGCAGCAGAGAACAAUAGCAACAAUAAGCCUGAAAAGAAAGAGGAGAAACAAAAAGAGGACAAUAACACUGCUAACAAAGUAAAUGAGAAGUCCGAGGCUACGGUAGAGGCAGAACCUGAGAAGAACCAAGGCCGUUACAAUCUGCGCCGCAGAAAGGACGAUGGAGAUGCCAAAGCUGUUGAGGCCAAACCAGAGAAGCUGGAAGAGAAGAAUGCCAAGCUGGCAGCAGGUCCUGCUGUCUCCCUCUCCACCCCACUUGACUUUGGAGGGAAGAUGGGAGCAUACUUCUGGCUUCUCUUCCUGCCAGCCUGGGUUCUCUUCCUGGUACUCCAAGUCAAACUGGAGGACCCCAGCCUGGCCAACUUCCCUCCUCCUCUGCCCCCUCUUGAAGCCUUCUGGGAUUCCCAGGCUCUUGGCUUUGUCAUCCUGUGGAUCUUAUUCCAGGCCCUGCUGUACAUCCUGCCAGUUGGAAGGCUGAGCGAGGGCAUGCCACUGAGGUCUGGGGAGAAGCUGCAGUACAGAACAAAUGGUUUCUUUGCCAUUGUGGUGAGUUCUGUAGCUGUAGCGGCAGCGGUGCACCAGGGCAUUGACCUCACCUACAUCCACAGCCACUUCCUGCAGCUGGCUGUGGCCUCCUUCCUCAUCUCUGUCCUGCUCAGUGUCUACCUGUAUGUGCGCUCCCGCUACGCUGCCCCAGAGCAGCUGGCACUUGGGGGAAACUCUGGCAAUGUGGGUUAUGACUUUUUCAAAGGACGUGAGCUCAAUCCCCGCAUCAGAGACUUUGAUUUGAAAUUCUUCUGUGAGAUGCGCCCUGGUUUGAUUGGCUGGUGUUUUAUCAACUUUGCAAUGGCCCUGGCUGAGAUGAAGCAGCAGAGUCUGGAUGCUCCCUCUUACUCCAUGAUCCUUGUGAACCUCUUCCAGCUUCUCUACGUCAUGGACGGCCUCUGGAAUGAGGAGGCCAUUCUGACCACCAUGGACUUGAUGCACGAUGGUUUUGGCUUCAUGUUGGCUUUUGGGGAUCUGGUGUGGGUGCCCUUUACUUACACCCUGCAGGCCUAUUACCUGGUCAGCCACCCCAACCCCCUGAGUCUCCCUGCCCUCGCAGCCAUCAUCACACUCAAACUCGUUGGCUUCUACAUCUUCAGGAAAUCCAACUCUGAGAAGAACGCCUUCAGAAGAAACCCGUCAGACCCCAAACUGUGUCAUCUGAAGACUAUUCCCACAGCUACAGGGAAGAGUCUGCUGGUGUCCGGCUGGUGGGGUGUGGUCCGCCACCCUAACUACCUGGGAGACCUUAUCAUGGCUCUGGCCUGGUCCCUACCCUGCGGCUUCAGCCACCUCUUGCCGUGGUACUACAUGAUCUAUUUCAUCAUUCUGCUCGUGCACCGAGACUCCCGAGACAUGAGCGAGUGCAGGAGGAAGUACGGCUCGGCGUGGGACGAGUACUGCCGAACUGUUCGCUACCGGAUCAUCCCCCGUGUCUACUGAGGAACCAGUCGCUGGACACUGCCCAGCUGAGGCCGCUUUGACCCAAUAUUAUAGCUGUGACAGCUCACCAAAAAAAAAUCCACAUAUGAAUGGAUUGACUGACUGAUUAGAUUUUUUGCUUAGUUUUUUGUUGUUUUUAAACCAAGAACUUUUUAAAUCCUGAUUCUGGACUGAAGGCGCUAUAGUGCUUAGAAUUUUUUGAUGCAAGAAAAAAGACUCUCAUUGGUAUUAUGGACUAUUUGAAGAAUUGCCUUUUUAAUAGAAAAUACUCAAAAAUAAAUACUUUUAAAAGUUUACAAAAUAGGGGGGACGCCUCUGCUAGGAAUGUCUUGUUUGGAUGUAUAUUUUUGUAUAUACACAUUUGUUUUUAUACUUACAGAACAACUCGCCACUUGCAUAUUUUUUGGUAAGUUUUACUCUUUACUCCAUAUUCAAAAUGUUACAAUAUCAGCUUGGCUAUUAUGAAGAAUUUUGUAAGUAUACCUUCCUACUAUAAUUAAACUGCUUGUGUAUAUUGUGAAGGGUGGGAUUAAAAAUGCUACUUACUUUUUAAAUUAGCUGUACAGUGGAACUAGGACUCAUGUUCUUUCUCAGGACCCGGGAUAUUGUCAGAAAGUUGAAUUAGACAUGUUUUGUCUUAUUAAUUUUGUUGUGUAUAAUUUUAUAUCGAUAUCUAGUUUUGACUUGAGAGUGUAAAAUGACUUUGGAGGUUUCAAGAAAAAUGCACUAAUGCAUUAUGGCUUUAUUUUUUCCUUACAUUAUCAAUUCCAAAGUGUAUUUGAUUUGGCUUUGCUACCUCAGGUUUACCCACUAUCCAGUCCUUCCUCCUAAGUAAGGAAAAUGAGUUAGACUUGUUUUCAUUUCAACAAUAACAUAAGUAUCUAUCUAUCUAUUCUAAAGCAUAUUCUAUUUUAUGACCUGGUUAAUUUGAUAACACUGCCACAUGAAUUUGGUUUGAACCUCUUUGAACUUUAACAUGCUAGGACAAAUGACUGGCGAUUUAUAUGAAGUUUAUACUGUGACAAUGUGCAGAGCUCUUGCCUGUGUUAGCAUUUAUCACCGGUGCAUUUGCAAACCCAAAAAAGUAUUUUUAUGCAUGUGCAGCUGUAGAGGACACACGUAGCAAUACAUUAACUAGACUAGGUAGCAUUUUCUAUGCUGUGCUGACUGAAUACCAUGUAAAUAUCCUUUUGUUGUUUUAUUUUUAUCAUGUAUUUUGAGCAAAAGAGGUGACUAGUGAUAAUAGGAAUGUUUCUCGAUAGAUAUUUAAUGUUGCUUUUUAUUUGUUUUUGUUUCUUAUAAGUUAACUACCUAAUUUUGACCACUGUAUGUUUCCACCUAGAUCUGCCAUGAUUCAGAAUAUGUUAAAACAAAUGGAAAAUGGUGUGCUACAUUCUUUACCUAUUGGGAGACAAAACAUGUUUGAAACCAGCCUGUAUGCCCCAAGACACCUUUUGGCGAUUAUGUUUAUUUUCCUUGCUAAUAUCCUAAUAUUAUGUUCUUCUCUCCUUGGAUUGGUCUGAGUGGAUAUGACAACUAUGAAUGAGAAGUCCAGUGUCUGGAAAAAGCUAAUCUGUACAAAUGUAACGGCCUAAAAUAAAGAUUUACAGUAUUUCCUU